ACAGUGAAAAUCUCAUGAACUCAUCAAUUAAACUUUAUAUUAAAAUAUUGCUCUACUCCUACUAUAUAUAUGUGACAAAGAAAGGUCUCUUGGUGUCAUCCAAAAGCAAUUUUCUCUCUAAUUAAGUCUAUUCUUCUUCCUUUAGCUUCUAUUAAAUUUAUUAUUCUUCUUUUAUAGUGAUCAAAAAAAUGGCUGGCAUUGCUUUUGGACGUGUUGAUGAUUCAUUCAGUGCUGGGUCUCUUAAGGCCUAUCUUGCUGAAUUCAUCUCCACUUUGCUCUUUGUCUUCGCUGGUGUUGGCUCCGCCAUUGCUUACAACAAGUUGACAGUAAAUGCUGCACUUGACCCGGCUGGGCUCGUAGCUAUUGCAGUUUGCCAUGGAUUCGGUCUCUUCGUGGCUGUUUCAAUUGCUGCUAACAUCUCUGGUGGUCAUGUUAACCCUGCUGUCACCUUCGGAUUGGCCCUUGGUGGUCAAAUUACCCUUCUUACUGGCCUUUUUUACACCAUUGCUCAACUUUUGGGCUCCAUUGUAGCUUGCAUCCUCCUCAAAUUCGUCACCGGAGGAUUGGCUAUUCCAACUCAUGGAGUGGCAGCUGGUGUGGGUGCCAUUGAAGGAGUUGUGAUGGAAAUAAUUGUCACCUUUGCUUUGGUAUACACUGUAUACGCAACAGCAGCUGACCCAAAGAAGGGCUCAUUGGGCACAAUUGCACCUAUUGCUAUUGGUUUCAUUGUUGGUGCUAACAUUUUGGCUGCUGGCCCAUUCUCUGGUGGAUCAAUGAACCCAGCCCGUUCAUUUGGGCCUGCAGUUGCUGCCGGUAACUUUGUUGGUCACUGGAUUUACUGGGUUGGCCCACUCGUUGGUGGUGGAUUGGCUGGCCUUAUUUACAGCAAUGUGUUCAUGAACCAAGAGCAUGCUCCUCUCUCCAGUGAUUUCUAAGUUAAAUUUGUUCCAGUUUGAUUGUGGGCCUAAAAGCCCAUUUGAAUUUCGCUUUUAAGAAAAAGCCAUUUUUUUUGUUGUUUCUUUGUUUUUUCCCUGUUGUUAUUUUGUUUUUGUAGUUCUUGGUUUGCAGCUGUACAUCCAUUAUCUUUGGUGAGACGUUCUUGUUAUGAUGCUCGAAUUUGGUCAAAA